ACAAGAAAGCACUGCAAUAAUCAGGCCUAGAAGUUAUGCAAGCAUGCAUUAGUUUUUCUGUGGUACUGUGAUGAAAGAGGCAUUGUGAUAUAUUGUGAGCGUAACCGGAAAAAAGACCCAUUUUUAAAUGAAAAUAAGAUGAAUUAGAGUGGAAUGGUCAAAUGGAAUGGACAGGUAGGAAUGUGGUGUCAUAGAACAUCUGCUGAUUCACAUGUUCCACGUCUCUCAGAUCAUUAGCCCACAUUCACAGAGCCACUGCACACGUCGCGUCUGCGAGCUGCAUAUUGAUCCUCAGCUUUUUCAGCACGCUGUACUGUCUGACUGAAACCAUGAGCGACAAGAAGCAAAGGCGACUCCUGAAGCGCAGAGAAAAGCACAAGAAGACAGGGGACGGAAGUCAUGUGGACCAGGUUCAUGACGUCCUUGACUCACGCAGAUGCAUCCUGCCAGAAAUUGGCAAUGGCUGCCGGAUAACACAAGGCACAAGCAAAGUUAUGCCCACAGGUACGGGUGAAAAGGUUUCAACCCGCCCUCCCUCAUUACCAGUUAUGAGUGCUGACCAGGAGCAGGUUAAGAAGUUGAGCAAACGCUCUUCAGCUUCCACACAUGGCUUUGAGGACAUGCCAGUGUUUCCUCUAAGUGAGAAGAGCUGUUCAACCAUACAUCAACCUGAAACUCUGUCAUUCAGAGGCAGUUCUGUUAUCAAACAAGACUGCAGCAACAAGGUGGGCAGUCAGCUGAAACUGGACACACCAAGGCCUUCACGCCUGCCCCCAAUUGAUAACGUGGUCCGGUCCUGCUCUCGUUCAGUGGGACACAAACCUAUGAUGGCCGUCCUCAGGCCACUGACAGAGCUGAGUACCUACUGUAAAGUGCCUGACAUCAAGAAAGUGACAGAAGCCAGGAGUCACAGGCCAGUGAGCGGGGGACUGGACCGGCUGCCAUUCGUACUGCCGCCAGUUUCGGAAACGAAGGAGGAAGUUAACAAGAACAUCCAGCCGCCGCCAGUUGUGCACUGCGCAGAAGGUCGUCCCAGAGUGGACAAAGCAAAGAAAAAGAAUAAACUGAAAACAAAUGAUGGGAACAUUUAAGUACCAUCUAACACAUGAAUAAAAGUUCA